CGACUUGAUUUGCUGAUGUAGUUUUAUUAUUGUGAAUGGUGUGACGAUGAUCAAUGGCACUGCCUAGUAACAGGCUCUCAAACCAUCCACCCUCCAGACUUGACUAAUGCAGUUCCAGAGACUCAGAUUAGUAGAAAAUAGCACUUCCCAACACAAUCACAAGUCACAAGACUAGUCUAUUUCUAGAGCAUUAAAUAUCCUGUUUUGAUUUGUGCUGGAUUGUCUUCAGCUGUCCUGGUUCAAGCUGAAACCAAUGAUGAGAAAGAUCGUGAAAAGGAAAAACAGAAGGACAGUCCUGUUAUUAUUUUCUUUAAAAUGGCAAGAUUGGCACAGAUGAAACAAGAUGAAGAGAAAGCUAUCACCUAUUUACACAAAGCCUUAACAGCAGCUGAUGAUGAAUUCAAACACAAUCGAAUGUCUGAAAAAGAUUAUAUUUACGCUAGGAUAAAUGUAUUCGAUAGUCUCGCAAAUAUUGCUUUGGCAAAAGGAGAGUACACAAAAGCAGAAAAAUUAUUUAAAGAGACUAUGAAGGGUUGCUUAGAAGUUGGAAUUACUAAAACAGAUAAUGCCAUGGUGGAAAUGUCGAUAAAGUUAGCAAGCAUAUAUGCCAUGCAAAAACGUGAGGACGAGGCUGUCAGGGGCUACGAAUUCUGUAUUGAGACACAGGACCUAAAAGUGAAAGAUCCUGAAUGUGACAUAGAUUCCCUAGCGUUAUUAGGAAUAGCUUUAGAAAGUUACGGUCGAUAUUUAUUAUACCAUAAAAAUUUAGAACAGUCCCUUGUAAUGUUGACACGAGCUGUUGAAGUUGCAAAAACAACUUUAGGAGAAAGUGGUAUGCAGACUUUAGUUUUGAUGAAUGAUUUAGCGACUGUUUAUAUUCUUAAGAAAGACUUUGAAAAAGCCGAGGCAUUAUUAAAACAGGCCAUAGAAACAGGAGAAAAAGUGGAAUCAACUCACUGUCCCGCUCUUUAUUGUAAUUUAGGCGCUGUUUAUUUACGUAAAUCUCAGCUGUCCGAUACAGAGUUAGCCUGUAAACAUGGCCUACAGUUAGCGAAGAAAUACACAGAUAAACUAGCCAUAGAACAAGCUAAGAUUUGCUUGAAGAAAGUCAAAGAAAUGAAAAAUAAGGGGUUUUGAUUACUGUAGAGAUGUAGGCCUAAUGAUUUAUAGUCUGUUAUAAUUAAAUUUGGUUAAAAAUGAUUUGGUUCUAUGUGGUGUUUUAUGUUUAAAUGUAUAUCAAUCCAAGAGAUCUGUUUAAGAUUUAAAUUUUAUGUUUUUGUAUGUUUACAACUUCAGUGACAUGUAAUCUGAAUGCCUGAAAAUAAUGGUUUUAGUUGUACAGACUAAAUGUCAGGCACAACUCAAAUGUUAGUACCUGAAAUUUUGAAAAUCAUUGUUAUAUAAACAGGCUUGGAAAUAACAGUUUUACAUGUACCUGACAAAAUGUCAGGCAUUAAUAAAAUAGUACCCGAGAUUUCCAACUUAGUGCCGGACAUGUAUUAAUGAUAUCAAUAAAACAGACAAAUCAGUGUCGAACAAAAUGACAGGCAUCAGAGAUAUUGUGCCCGACAAAGCCUGAUACUGUGCCUGACAUUGUCUGUGACAGGUGCCUUAUUUCCAGGCUUGGUUAUAAUCUGUGCUAGAGAACAUGGCUGAAACACUGUUGCACCCAGACCUGUCCUAUUUGAUUAAGGGCAUUAUUUGUUAAUUAUUAGAGAGUAUGUGGUGUAUAGUAAACAUGUUUUAGUUAAUUAUAUGAAAUAUGAUUUCAAUAUUCAGUAUUAGUAAGUAAUGAAAUAAGUAUAUACAUGACAUUAAUGCAAUAAUAUUAUAACCAAUCUGAUAAAAACACAGAUCCUAUUUCGUUUCAUUUUGUAUAGUUCAAAAUUUGGUUUUACUUGUCUUCACAACACUAGGAUCUGGAAGAGUUGUUAUAUAACUCGCUUUCUAGUUAAUUAGCCAAUGAAAUGUGCGAUGCAAGGAACUGUAGAUAAACCAAUAGAAACAUGAACGCUGGUUGAUUAAUUAAUGUCUGUCGUUAUAGGGUAGGUUAUAGAUGCAUGUAUAUAUAUUUGUAGGUUAUUGUAGAUUUACCCCACUAGAUUUUGUACGUUACUGUGAACUUUGUUGUGUUUAUCAUGUGAUCUCAUUUUUUACACUACUAAUAUAUUUAAAGAUGCAUUAUGUAAGAUUUAGAGAAAGAUCUGGCCGUCCUCGCUGUAAUAAUUCAAAAAUAGAUAAUUGAAAAUUUCAUUCAAAUUACUUUAUUCUUGGCAUUGUUACAUGUACAUGUAUGACUGUUUGAAGAUGUAGCGUAGAGAGUUCAGUGUCAUAGCAACGGUACUUGUUAACUGAGACUUAAGUCUCAAUUAUCCAUUUUAUUAUUAAAUUUUAAGAUCUGACGGGUGUUCAAAUCCGUAUAAAUCUUGGCCAUUGGAUAGUCUAAAGAGUUAAUUAUAGGCUUGUCAUUUAAAUUUAUAUAGCAUUUGAAGCCAAAAAAAAUGACCUGCAAUAGUCAGAUUUAGCUCUUACAUCAUGUAUCUUUAACACCUGUUGUUGGUACAUUCGAGAACUAAGUCAAUUUGGUUGUGCAUUAUGGAUGUAUAUCUUCUGGUUUGUAAUUUGAAUACAGAUAAAGGAUAGAUACAAUGUACCUGGUAUAUAUAACGAUAUGUGUCAAAAAUGAAUUUAACCCUUAUCACUUGUACCAUCGGAGACUUUCUGAAAUCACUACUAAUGAAUUUGUGCCAAUUGACCUGAUCUCCUCAACCCACCUGAAAAAAGACACCUUUAUUUCUUGCAAUCAGUUGGAGGUGACCAGACUGAUGAUCAUUAAACAGUAUUGUUACAUACGUAGAUAUAUUCACAACUUUACACUGUAAACCAGGUAUCGUUUAAUCUUGUGUAUCUAGCACUAAUUUCUUUCACAUUCGUUUAAUAUCCAAUCUUUGUUUAAAAAUUUGUAAAAACUGUUUAAAAUCACCAUAAAUCGUUUAAUUUGUACUUCUGUCCAGUUUAAAGCUGACCAUUCAAUUUUGAUAAUGAGUGUCCCAUUUACAAGUGUUUAAUUUCUCAAUCAUUGUUAGAAAAUAAACAACCCAAUUGAUUAAUGAUGUAUAAUGAUUAAUUUUUGAACCCUGAUCAGGAAAUUAAAUACUUGUAAAUUGUACACUCAUUAUCAAAAUUAAUCAC